AGUUACGCAUCAGACAUGUUGCGAUUGGUGGUUUUGGUGGCACUAGCCGGGCUCUGCAGGGCCGACCUGCCCAUUGACUGCCGCUUCUCUGACGCGGUUGGCACUUGGAUCGUGUCUGAGUCGGCGAGAACUGGAGAUCCUUCUCUGGACUGCAGCGGCGAGCUUGGUGAAGUGGUCCACCAAAAACAGUUUACUCUCACCUACCCAAACCUGGUCACCGACGAGCUCGGCAACACAGGAACAUGGACGCUCAUCUACAACCAAGGGUUUGAGGUGAACAUCAACGAGCGUUCGUACUGGGCGAACUUCGCGUACAACAGCAGCGGCUUUUGGUGCGACCACCUCCACGUGGGCUGGGCUCGGGACACCACCGUGCGCCACUGGUCCUGCUUCAGCGCUGUCAAGGCUACGUUUAAAGGCCUGUCAGCUCCCCGGAAGUAUCACGUACCUGUUCUAAGAAAUCCAGAUGAGUUCUUCCGCAACAACAAAGCAUUCAUUCGACGCAUCAAUGAAGCGCAAACCUCGUGGACUGCGAAAGCCUAUCCCCAUUUUGAACGGUACACCAAUCGCGAAAUGCUGCAGCGUGCCGGUGGAUUUUACUCUCCCCUGCCACCCCCCAAGCCCACGACCAAGGAAGAACUGUCCCGUGCAGCCCUCCUGCCAUCACACUUCGACUGGCGGGACGUGGAGGGAGUGAAUUACGUGUCCCCCGUCAGGGACCAAGGCAACUGCGGGUCCUGCUACGCCUUCGCCUCCACCGCCCUACUCGAAUCCAGAGUCAGGAUCCUGACCAACAACUCCAGACAAGAUAUCUUCAGUCCGCAGGAAGUGGUGUCCUGCUCGCGCCUGUCAGAAGGCUGCAACGGAGGCUUCGCUUACCUCAUCGCCGGACGCUACGCCAAAGACAUCGGCUUUGUGAAUGAGUCCUGCAACUUCUACUUUGGAGGCGAAAGCGAAUGCUCGACGGAUCCAAGUUGCGCCCGUACCUACGUGAGCAGGUACGCCUUCGUGGGAGGGUAUUACGGGGGCGCCAACGAGGCCCUCAUGAUGGAAGCCCUCGUCAAGGAAGGCCCCAUCGCUGUGGACUUCAACGUAGAGUCGGACUUCUCGGGCUACCAUCAAGGCAUCUAUGUCCAUCUUCCGGCCGUGAAGAGGGACUUUGACCCUGUCUAUACGGUAAACCACGUUGUACUGGUGGUGGGCUACGGCGUGGACGAGGCGUCGGGGAUGAAGUAUUGGAUCGUGAAGAACUCGUGGGGGCAAGACUGGGGCGAGCAAGGAUACUUCAGGAUACGGCGCGGCACCAACGAGAAUUGGCAGGCCCUCAACAUCAUCACCAAUUUCAGCCUCCAACUCAGCGUCACUCUCAGAUUCAGCAUCCGUCUCAGUAUCAGCAACGAUCUGAGCUUAACCAUCUGCUUCAGUAUCAUCUUCAGUAUCAUCCUCAGCAACAGCAUCACAUCAGCAGCAUCCGCCUCAACAAAAUUUAAAGUGCCUGAACCUCAGAAUGAACCCGACCUGAAUUACGAACACGAAACCGAGUACGGAAUGCUCGGUGAGUAG